CUACGGGCCAAGGGAAGAAAAGUAGGCUCAUCAGAGAACCUUACCAGAAGCAUCUAUAACAUUUAUAAACAAAAGAUCUUUUAAAAAAUUUAAUAUGAUAUACAUGUGUGUGAGUAUAAUAUGCAUGGCAAAAAGUCUGAAGGAAUAUUUAUCAUUGUUGACUGUAAUUACUUCUGAGAGGUGUUCUCCUCUGUAUCUUGUUCCUGCCUGUCCUCUGGAACUCAUAGUCUGACAAGUGAGGCCUCGGAGACGAGUUCCCUGCUAAGACUCAUCAUGGCAACCCUUUCCACUGGGCUCCAUCAUCCCAACAAGUACCAACAAAAGACGUUUCUUACCUUUUAAAGACUUGCUGGGGUUUGAAAAGUUAACCUAAGAGUCAUUUAGGGGCAUGACUGUAACAUGAAAAACAACCUAACAAUGAUCUACUAAUUGCUGUGACUCAGUCCCUCUGGUUCACACAAGACUAGAAUCCAUACAAGUUUAAUUGCUUUCCUUUGGGAACCAUUUGAGACUACUUGGAGCAGUGACUGCCAUCUGGUGGCAAGCCAGAAUCAUCACCUUGGUAAUCUAAUGAUUACUGAAAUGCCCACUCUUCACUCACAGGUUGUGUCCUGGCCGCUGAGGAGCCUGGACUGUGUCUGAUGAAGGAACCUUGUAAAAGAACCCUUUGCUUCCACCCGAAUGGGUUGUUUACCCCAGACUGUGAGCCAGAAGUCAGCUCGCAAAUGGCACUUGUGAAGAAAAGAUUUGAGUUGCUCUUACAUUUUAGUAAAAAAUCUGCUGGUUACCUACCAGUGGGUAACCAAGACUGUAAAUAAGUACUCACCGAGUAGAGCAUAUGAUGACAUGGAGCCUGAAAUAAACUGCUCUGAAUUAUGUGACAGUUUUCCUGGUCAGGGACUGGAUCAGAGACCCCUUCAUGAUCUCUGCGGGACAAUUACCUCCUCCCACUACAGCAGCAAAAGCAGUUCUUCAUUAUCUCCUGUCCUCUUGGGUGUUGUUUGGACUUUCCUCAGCUGUGGACUUCUUCUGAUAAUUUUCUUCUUUGCCUUCACAAUUCGCUGCAGGAAGAACAGGAUUGUGAAGAUGUCCAGUCCCAAUCUGAAUAUUGUGACCUUACUGGGCAGUUGUCUGACUUACAGUAGCGCUUACCUCUUUGGGAUUCAAGAUCAAGAUGCUUUAGUGGGAAACUCAAUGGAAACUCUCAUCCAGAUAAGACUGUCCUUGCUGUGCAUUGGAACCUCCCUGGUGAUUGGCCCCAUUCUGGGGAAGAGCUGGCGACUCUACAAGGUGUUUACCCAGAGGGCCCCAGACAAGCGAGUGAUAAUCAAAGACCUGCAGCUCCUGGGGUUGGUGGCAGCCCUGGUGAUAGCUGAUGUGAUCCUGCUCAUGACAUGGGUGCUGACUGAUCCCAUCCAGUGCCUCCAGAUUCUUGGUGUCAGUAUGACGGUGACGAGGAGAGAUGUGUCCUGUUCUCUGACCAGCACACACUUCUGUGCUUCCCGAUACUCUGAUGUCUGGAUUACUCUUGCUCUGGGAUGCAAGGGCCUGCUGCUGCUGUAUGGUGCCUACCUGGCGGGCCUGACAGACCACGUUAGCUCUCCUCCUGUGAAUCAGUCUUUAACCACCAUGGUUGGGGUCAACCUUGUGGUGCUGGCUGCUGGGCUUCUUUUUGUGAUCACCAGAUAUUUGCACUCCUGGCCCAACCUGGUCUUUGCACUCACAUCUGGAGGUAUCUUUGUUUGCACAACCACAGUCAACUGCUUCAUCUUCAUCCCCCAGCUGAAGCAAUGGAAGGCAUUUGAAGAGGAAAACCAAACAAUCAGACGCAUGGCCAAGUAUUUCAGCACCCCCAGCAAAAGCUUCCAUACCCAGUAUGGUGAGGAACAGAAUUGCCAUGCUGGAGUAGAGAAGAACUCCAUGGAAAGGCUCCUCACAGAAAAAAAUGCUGUGAUUGAGAGCCUGCAGGAACAAGUAAACAACGCCAAAGAGAAGCUAGUGAGGCUAAUGUCAGCUGAGUGUACCUAUGAGCCCCCCGAGUGGGCUGUGCCUCCUGCCUCUCCUCACAGCAACGAUGUCCAGGUCUCAGUCUCUGCCCACAGCCCGGCAGCUCAAGGGCCUUCUGAAUGCCUUUCUGACACUCAGAAACAUACCAGCGCAGCUGCCCAGAACUCCCAGAGUACUUUCUUAAGUGUGCAAAACCUUGAGGGGUCAGGGAAGGACACUGGCCCCUCCGCAGAACAGAAGGAGAUGUCUAACUUACAAGACCUUUCUGAUCAUUUAAAUUUAGGCUGCAGCCAGAAGCCACAGGUUGAGCAAAGCCGGGAGGCAGAAAGAAGAGACCAGGUAACCAUCGCCCCCUGCCAGAAUCUCAAACCAGGUGAGGAAGGUGCUGUUCCCCAGAGCCAGAGACAACUAGAGAACUCAGAGGAACCCCCAAAGCGACUAUCCAGGGUCAAUUCGGUGAUUAGGGAGAAGCUUCAGGAGGUCCUGCAAGAUCUGGACCUGGGCCCUGAGGCUUCCCUUCCUUCCUCUCCCUUUUGUCCCCAGCAACCCUGGAAGAGUAGAGCUGCCCACAGUACCCAGAAGAUGCCCCCCUCCAAGGAACUGGGCUUCAGCCCCUACAUGGUGAGGAGAAGGCGAGCAGCACAGCAGGCUCGCUCACACUUUCCAGGCUCUGCACCCUCAUAUAUGAGGCAACAGGUGAACAGGACCAUUUCUGGGGCACAGAGCAGGCUAAACGUGCAGACCAAGGACAGCCGUAGCCUGAACCCCCAAGCUCCUAAUUCCGGGAUCCCAAGACCCUCUUCCAAGAAGCUUUCACUCCUCACAGAUCCUCAAGAUAGGCCCGCCACCCUGGAAAGCGGCAAGCAGGGCCAGGCAGAGCCCCAAGGGGCUGGAGGGAGCCAUGAAGCCUGUCCUCACCCGCUGUCUGGUUCUGACCAGACCCAGUGUCCUGCUGCCCCACCCCUGUCCAGAACCUUGCCAGACCUGUCUGAGCAGCAGCAGCGGCAGCCUCUGGGGUCCACCAGCUGUCCCUCCCUUCCUUCUCCGUGCAGCUACCUGGACACUGAGUCCAGCAGCUCAGACGAGUUCUUCUGCCACUGCCACCGGCCCUACUGUGAAAUCUGCUUCCAGAGCUCCUCUGGUUCCAGUGACAGUGGCUCGUCAGACACUGACCCUGAGCCUGUUGGGGGACUGGCUUCCUGGGAAAAGUUGUGGGCCCGCUCCAAGCCUAUUGUGAACUUCAAAGAUGACUUGAAACCCACGCUGGUGUGAGCAACAUCCAGGACAAAUUGUACCAAGGCCUCCAGGGAACAGACCUGCCUCUUACCAAGUUUCAGCUAUGCUCACUCGUGCACUUCUCAAUCUAUGAAAAGGGAGGUGUUACCUGUCUUGUUACUACCUCACAGCAUGCCUGUAAAAGACUCAGCUCUGACCACAUAAAAUACUCUGGACAAAAGGUGCUAAUGGAGCUUAGAGGUCUCUGUCCUGGGCAGCCUGUAGUCUAUAGAGUUAAUACCAGGUGGAUGUCUGGGCGGACACACAGAUGGAGGGAUGAAUGGACAGUUUCUGCAGAACCAGAGUUGUUGGAUUGUGACCCAUCAAACUAGCCUUUUGGUGCACAAGUCUGUUCACCAAAGUCUCCUUCCUUGAUGUCCCCACUCCUGGCAGAGGCCGGGGUGGGGGUUGUUUCUGCUGAAAAUUGUGAACAGAAGUAACCCUACAUUCUUCCUUCUGGUUAGACUCAGCUCUGAACCACCUCUGCACCACUGUUCAGUUUUCACGUCUUUCCACUUUUAUGGCCUCUCACCAUCAUCCCUGAGAGUCAGGCAUGCAUGCACCCAAGGCACCCAGAUCUUUCUUCUGGGCUUCGAUGGCAUCUGAGACUUAGACUGCCUCCGGUCAUACAUUCCAUCCCUUUGCCUCUGCCACGGGUACAGUUCUGUACUGGGAAUGCACAGACUGGCAGUCUCUUUUGGGGUAAAGAGGACCCCGCUGGUCCAGAGGUGCUUUCGGUGCUAUUGGGAUUACAUGCUCUCCAACAGAUACGUAAAUCUGGAUGUAGAAAAUGGGAGAAGAGAAAGCAAAAAGGGGAGAAGAAGGCAACAGGAAAAAUAAAAUCGGUUUUGAACAUUUACCUUGAGCCUAGCCCAGUCCUUGGCCCAUCAAACUUGGAUCUCUCGGUAGGUUUCCCUGAGGGCACAUGUCUUGACGUUUCUGGGAGUGGCAGGCAGGGCCCAGCAGGCCAGACCAUAAAGCAAGCACAAGCAAGGAAAGCUGAGCCAUGCUCACCUCAGCAUUGCAAAACUGGGUUCCUCCACUCAGGAAGCAGCCCUGUGCUGCCUCCGGGGCACACCCACCCUCCCGAGGGAGACAGGGCGCUGGAGAAGCGUGAGUGCCAGGAGCUGUCUGCCACCAGAGCCACAGAGAAAGCACAGCUGGGUCCGCUUGGCUUGUUGCUGAGCUGGUUGUUGUUGACGGGCCAUCCCCUGCCCCCACUCCCUGUGUGUGCGUCUGUGCAUGUCAUGUUUGUGUGCAGGAGUGUGGGCCUCAUUAGAUUUGCUUGGUGGGGCAUCGGGCUCCAGAUGUCUCAGAGAAGCUUUCCCACAGAGUCUCAGGGGCUGCCAACGCCUCAUGAAUCUCAACACUGAACUGGUUGGUCUCCGAUAACACAGCUUCUUCUAUCAUCUAAAUUUAAAUACAAAUGUCAUAAUUUAUUCUGUGUGUGGGUUUGUAGUUUCUACUUGUGCUGUUUGUAUGCUGUCCAAGUGAUACCUUAAUAAAAGACAAAUGGCUCCCAGGGCGAG